AUUUUAAUAAAAGUAGCUUACCGCCGACGCCUGGACUCUCUUUUCUUAUCCUUCUUUGCCGUCGAGUGGGAAGAUGGGGAUUUGCUCCGCCUGUUGGAGCCUGACCGGUACCCCGGUGUUCGACUUCUACCUCUACUCUUUGACGGAACUCUUGGAGGUUCUCGGCUUUCGAACCGCAACUGGGGGCUCGACUUGACAUCAUCAGCGUGCCCGCCCGGCUUGCGUCGCGCUCUCACUUUCAUGACGAGUCAGUCGGCCAUGACAAAAGAUGUUGGCGUGGGCAAAAUCACAAACAAGAUCUUCCUAGUCGGUGCGUGCAUGCUGGUUGCCAUGGUCACAUGCGUACAACGAUGUGCUAGCUAG